CUUAGCACAGAAUUCCUCAUUGUUUACCUCGCUGCUAAAGUUUUUAGCGGAACUCCAAUUAUUGUAAUAAAUAUUAGUAAAACAAAUCUCACAUAAAUAUGACUGCCGUUCCGCCCCCUUCCAACAUCUCCACCCUGAUGCCAUUGGAACUGGUGGACAAAUGCAUUGGUUCCCGCAUCCACAUCAUCAUGAAGAACGACAAGGAGAUGGUGGGCACUCUUCUGGGAUUCGACGACUUUGUAAAUAUGCUCUUGGACGAUGUGACGGAGUAUGAGAACACGCCCGAUGGUCGCCGCAUCACCAAACUGGAUCAAAUUCUGCUCAAUGGCAACAACAUCACAAUGUUGGUGCCUGGUGGCGAACUGGCGGAGUAACAAGGUUCCAUUUAUAAACAUAAAUACAUUGUAAAAUAAAACAAGACUUUUAAUGUGGAAUCGUAUGUAUGUUAAUCUACAGAGGUAUGUUAAGCGCUAACAGUGGUCUAACGGUUAACAUAAGUUUUUAAAAGCGGUUGGAUUUAAAAAAGUAAAUUUUUUAAUUGUUUGUGUG